AUGACUAUAUCUGAAUUUUAUAAUAAUUUAAUAAUAUCAUCUAUAUUUCCUUUUAAAACUAGCAAACAACCAACAAGAUCAAAAACUCAACGUCAUAGGUUUCUCGAUGGUCUCGCUUUAUUACUUAAUGGUUCAAAUAAAUGUACAUCAGUUUAUCCAUUGUUGAAAGAAAAAAAAAUAUUAAUAACAUGUAAUGAAUCAUUAAAAAAUGAUGAUAAAAUUUAUUUUGAUGAAUUUUUUGGUUUAAUAAGAGAAUAUUCACAGGCCUCGCAGCGUGUUUACUUUCCUGAUUUAUUCCUGAUUUUUUAAGACUGUCCUGAUUUUCCUGUUUUUGACCAAAAAUCCUGAUAUUGUCCUGAUUUUUCCUG